AAGGGGGGGAUGGCAACAUGAUGAAAAUGUAUAGAGGCAGUGACUUGACUCAAAACUGAAAAGUAGAGACUAGAGAGUGAGAGAAACGUUUGGCAAUGACGAUGGAGGAAGUAGUGGAAGUAAAGGUAAGUGCUAGAGCGAGAGAACCUCAGAGUUUGAGUUCUCCAACAGUGGCAACUCCAAAAACUCCGAAAAGUCCUUUUGCAUCUCGUUUCAUGAACAGUGCUACUCCCUUAGCCAGCCCCAUGAAGAAGGCCAUUGAAAACAUGCAAGGUUACUUUGGAGAAGUUGGUCGCUUCACCAAACUCGAGGAUUGGCUUCCCAUCACUGAGUCCAGGAAGGGAAACGCAUACUACGCUGCGUUUCACGUUCUCUGUUCAGGAAUCGGAUUUCAGGCUCUUGUUCUUCCCUUGGCCUUCAUCACUCUUGGCUGGAGUUGGGGAAUGAUAUGUCUGUGUGUGGCAUUUACAUGGCAGCUGUACACGUUGUGGUUACUGAUUCAGCUUCACGAAUCGGACUCCGGGCUGCGCCAUAGCAGGUACCUCAGACUUGCUAUGGCAGCAUUUGGAGAAAAGAUGGGAAAAUUAUUGGCACUGUUCCCAAUCAUGUAUUUAUCGGGUGGGACGUGUGUGACACUGAUCAUGAUGGGGGCUGGCACAAUGAAGAUAUUCUUCCACGUGGUGUGCAGAGGGCCAUGCCCUCUCACAACUAUUGAGUGGUACUUGGUGUUUACAUGCACAGCCAUUUUGCUUGCCCAGUUACCAAACCUUAAUUCAAUCGCAGGGGUUUCACUCAUUGGAGCCAUCACUGCUGUGAGUUAUUGUGCUCUUAUAUGGAUAGUAUCUGUAGUCAAAGGAAGACUUGAUCAUGUGUCAUAUGAGCCACCAAGGGUACAAUCAGAAGCUAGCAUGGUUUUUAGUGCGUGGAAUGCGCUAGGCAUCAUUGCCUUUGCUUUCCGCGGUCACAAUCUUGUGUUGGAGAUACAGGGAACCAUGCCUUCGGAUGCAAAGCAACCCUCACGCUUGGCCAUGUGGAGAGGUGUUAUGUUUGCUUACCUAGUCAUCGCUUUGUGUUUGUUCCCCCUUGCCAUUGGGGGUUAUUGGGCCUAUGGAAAUUUGAUACCAAGCGGGGGGAUGUUAGGUGCUUUGCACACAUACCAUGAACAUGAUACGUCAAAAAUUAUCAUCGCUCUGACAAGCUUGCUAGUUGUCAUAAACUGCAUUAGUUCCUUCCAAAUAUAUGCAAUGCCAGUGUUUGAUAACCUGGAAUUCAGAUACACUAGCAAGAAGAACAGACCUUGCCCGCGGUGGCUAAGAGUAGCCUUCAGGGGUCUCUUCGGCUGCCUAGCAUUUUUUAUUGCUGUAGCGUUGCCAUUCUUACCAAGUUUGGCAGGUCUGAUUGGAGGUGUUGCUUUACCAAUAACCUUAGCUUACCCUUGUUUCAUGUGGAUACAAAUUAAGAAACCACAUAAAUUUAGCAUAAAUUGGUACCUGAAUUGGACACUAGGAGUUGUUGGGAUGAUUCUGAGCGUACUGGUUGUCAUAGGAGCCAUUUGGGGCAUAGUUGCACAGGGCAUAGAGAUCCAUUUCUUCGAUCCACAGUAGAAAUAAGAUAUUAUACUAUUCUCAAUCACAUCACUAGAAGUUGAUUUGCAGGGGAUUCAUGGACAAGCAUGCUGAACACACAAUGAUAUGGGUAUGUUACUCCCAUUAUGGAAGAAAUCGAGAGAAUGCUUCACUUGUAGCAAACACAAACAUUCUAUUCUAAUUGUUGGGUAUCGUUAAUGAAUCAUGGGUCAAUUUU